GAAAGAGGGUCUGGCCCAGAGACCGCAGCUUUCACUUGCUGAGAGCCUUUAGCCAGUGCAAGCGUGCACUUCAGUCUUACUCGUUUCCCGGGGCCCCCAGAGCCCCGGUGUACCUGCUGUUGCUCUCCAGCCUCUUGCCAACAGUGGCAUCUGCUCAGUGUAGCCACCGAGCAUUUGAAUGUCAAUAUCUUUGCCUUGAAAUGAAUGGAAAAGUAUUUGUCACUCAGCGGCAAUCAUUCUUCAAAUAAAAGGUCACUGGAAGGACUGAGCGCAUUCGGGAGCCUGGAGGAACUCAUCUUGGACAACAAUCUGCUGGGGAACGACCUCGUGUUGCCAGGGUUACCCAGGCUCCAUACCUUAACCCUCAACAAGAACCAAAUCACGGACUUGGAGCGCCUGCUUGAUCAUCUGGCAGAAGCGACACCGGCUCUGGAAUACCUCAGCCUGCUGGGGAACGUGGCGUGUCCCAAUGAGCUGGUGAGCCUGGAGAAAGAUGAGGAAGACUACAGGAGGUACAGGUGCUUUGUUCUGCACAAGCUGCCCAACUUAAAGUUUCUGGAUGCCCGGAAAGUAACCAGAGAAGAACGAGAGGAAGCUAUGGUCAGAGGGGCGUUCAUGAAGGUGGUGAAGCCCAAGGCCUCCAGUGACAGCAUUGCUGCCUCCCCGAAGGGCCAGUACACGCCCCUGCCUUCUGCCUCCAGGGAACUCACCAGCCACCGAGGUGUCCUGGGGAAGUGUCGUUAUGUCUACUACGGGAAAAAUUCGGAGGGCAACAGGUUUAUCCGAGACGACCAGCUCUAAAGGCAAGUUCUCUAGGCCUUAGCCCAUGUCACGAGAAUUUAAGAAAAAGGGAAAGCAGAAAUAAAGAAAA